GGGUGGAGUCAUGAGAAGAACGAUUAUGGCAGUUGUCCUUUUAGAUUCUCCCUUGUAGUUAUCCGUAUCUACACUGACAAAAGAUGGACUUUUUUGUGGUGUAUUUAAGGCUACUAUGCAGCUGAAGCCUUGUGUAUGGUGUAAGGUCCGCCCAGCAGUGUGUUCCGUUAACGAUGGCAAUGGCAGUGACUUGGCAGGAAUCUGAUUUUCAUGCAGCUUCAUCCUCCUAAGAACCGAAAAAAAUUAAUUCUCUUCAGCCAGUUUUCGAUUUAGGCUUCUUAAUUUGAAUCAGGAGAGCUCAACGGUAACAAUGUUGUAUCUUGACUUCGAUGCUCGUAAGUCGUCGUAGUAGUGCAACGAGAACGUCAUCAACCGAGGUGCAUUGCCUUAAUUGUGCCAGCAGGUGGUGUUCAUUAUCAACACGCAGACCGUAGGAACAUUAACAUUGGUUAUAAAACCGGGGUACUUCCGGGUGUUAGCACAGAUGGUCUUGAGCGUCUCCAAGCUGGUAUACUUUUCUUUUGCAUCAGAGAGCGUUAAUAAAUGAUGGCAGGAUCAUCCGUGGAAGCCAUAAAAAGGAAAAUUAAGUCCUUGCAAGACCAGGCGGACGCUGCGGAAGAGAAAGCAAAGAUACUCCAGCGACAGCUAGGGCUAGAGAGAAAAGCCAGAGAAGAAGCUGAGAGUGAUGUCGCGUCUCUUACAAGACGAUGCCAGCUGAUGGAGGAGGAGCUGGACCGUGCCCAGGAGCGACUGGCUGCGGUCCUGCAGAAGCUGGAGGAAGCCGAGAAGGCCGCAGAUGAGAGCGAGAGAGGCAUGAAAGUUAUUGAAAACCGAGCUGCCAAGGAUGAAGAGCGGAUGGAGUUGCAGGAGAUCCAGCUAAAGGAGGCGAAGCACAUCGCAGAGGAGGCGGAUCGCAAAUACGAGGAGGUGGCACGUAAGCUUGUCAUUGUUGAAGGUGAUCUAGAGCGUACAGAGGAGCGUGCCGAUCUGUUGGAAAGUAAGAAUGCUGAGUUUGAGGAAGAGCUGAAAACUGUGACCAACAACCUGAAGUCCCUGGAGUCCCAGGCUGAGAAGUAUUUGCAGAAGGAGGACAAGUAUGAGGAGGAGAUCAAAGUCCUUACCGAUAAACUAAAGGAGGCUGAGACCCGUGCAGAGUUUGCAGAGAGAUCAGUCACCAAGCUGGAGAAGUCUGUUGAUGACUUGGAAGACCGGCUCUACCAGCAACUUGAGAAAAACCGCCUUCUCUCUAAUGAACUAAGACUUGCCUUGAAUGAGGAUUAGACAUAGUCUGGAUGUUCAGUUUCUUUAAAACCCUUAAUCUUGUUACAUCUGUAUACUUCCUUAUUAUGGCUAAUGGUGUUCAAGAAAAUGUGGGUUAAUCAGAUUGAAAUAUAUAAAAAUACAGGAUGGCAAAAGAAACCAAAUGAAUCAAAAUGUAAACCCAGGAAUGGUGCCUGCUAUCUCCUACAUAAGACUGGGGAUAGAAUCUUGUCAUAAGGAUGUUUAUUGUACUCUCAUAUAUUGAAUGCAGAACUGCAUAUCUCCCUUGUAAUGUAAUGCAUGCCCAGAAUAUAAGUGCAGUUGUGCUGUGAGGCUUGUUGUGUGUGCUGUGCGCAGGUGGGGGAAAGGGAGAUCCUACUGUAGAACAAUGCCAGAGUGAAAUGCUUGUCUCUAAAA